AUGCGAUGCGACCACUCUUUCUCUUACGAAGACUUCACCUUCAGCAAGACGAAGAUGCCGCUACAUCCAAAGCCCGGAAAGUCCGGGCCCAAAAGGCACCCCAAAAAGGAAGACAAGACUCUGAAAAGGAAAAGGGAGGCAGAGGACCACGACCGGCUCAAGAAGGUCAUCGACGAACUGGACCCAAAGUCACCAGUCGCAAAUUUCGCCGACUUGCCCCUGUGCGAAGCCACAGCCUCUGGCCUCAAAGCCUCUCACUUCGAAGCCCUCACCGACGUCCAGGCCCGAGCCGUACCUCUGGCCCUGAAAGGCCAUGAUCUCCUCGCAGCCGCCAAGACUGGCAGCGGAAAGACGCUCGCCUUCCUCAUACCCGUCCUCGAGAAACUCUACCACGCUCGCUGGACCCCUCGCGAUGGUCUCGGCGCCCUGAUUAUGUCGCCGACACGUGAACUGGCUGUGCAAAUCUUCGAUGUGCUGCGCAAAAUCGGACGCUACCAUGACUUCUCUGCCGGCCUGGUCAUUGGCGGCAACAACCUGAAGGAGGAGGCUGACCGCAUAGACCGCAUGAACAUCCUCGUGUGUACGCCCGGGCGCAUGCUCCAACACCUGGAUCAGAGGUUUGGUUUCAACGUCGACGACUUGCAAAUCUUGGUCCUGGACGAGGCCGACCGCAUAAUGGACAUGGGUUUCCAACACGCCGUCGAUGCGCUGAUCGAGCAUCUGCCCAAGGAGAGGCAGACACUGUUGUUCAGCGCCACCCAGAGCAAGAAAAUCUCGGAUCUGGCCCGACUCAGCCUGAAAGACCCGGAAUAUGUUUCGGUCCAUGAGGCUGCCGAAUCAGCAACGCCGAGCACCCUCCAACAGCACUACAUCGUGACACCGCUCUCGGAAAAGUUGGAUACGCUAUAUGGCUUCAUAAAGGCGAGCUUGAAGACCAAGAUUGUUGUGUUCUUGUCUUCCGGCAAGCAGGUCCGAUUCGUGUACGAGGCGCUCCGACAGCUGCAACCGGGAAUACCUUUGCUCCACUUGCACGGUCGCCAGAAGCAAGAGGCAAGAUUACGGAUCACACAGCAAUUCACAUCGGCGAAGCAUUCCUGCUUAUUUGCGACAGACGUUGUAGCUCGAGGUGUUGACUUUCCUUCGGUCGACUGGGUCAUCCAGGUCGACUGUCCCGAAGAUGCAGAUACCUACAUUCACCGAGUCGGACGGACAGCAAGAUACCAGAGUAAGGGCCGUGCUGUCCUGUUCCUGGAUCCUAGCGAAGAGACGGGUAUGCUGAAGCGGCUGGAACAGAAAAAGAUUCCAAUAGAGAGGAUCAACGUCAAGGAUAACAUGAAGAAGAGCAUCAGGAAUCAGGUGCAAAGCAUGUGUUUCAAGCAACCCAACAUCAAAUACUUGGCACAAAAGGCAUUCGUUACCUAUGUCAGGUCGGUCUACGUACAAAAGGACAAGGAUAUCUUCGAUAUCAAAAGGCUGGACUUGGACGCGUACGCUGCGAGCCUAGGACUACCGGGGACGCCGAAUAUUAAGUUCAGACCGGGCGAGGAUAUGAAGAAGUUGAAGAACGCCCCCAGGAUGCCUAUGAGCGACUCGGAAGAGUCUUCAGAGGAUGAAGGCGGCAAGCGAAAGAACAAGGACGAAGUGAAGACGAAGGUGCAAAAGAUGUUUGAGCGAACCAAUCAGGACGUGCUGUCUAGCCAUUACCGCAAGAUGGUAGGACCGGAAGGCGAAGGCGACGACGACGAAGACGACUUCAUGGUUGCCAAGCGUGUUCUGAACGACGAGGAUCUCGACAAGGCAGCACAAAACGGUGAAGAGGGCAAUAUCAAGGUUGUUGACUUUGGAGGAGACCAGCAGCUCGUCAUCGAUUCGAAACGGCGCGAGAAGCUCCUCAAGUCCAAGAAGAAGCUCCUCAAGUUCAAGGGCCACGGGCAGAAACUUGUCUUUGAUGACGACGGCAAUGCACACCCUAUCUACGAGCUCAUUGACGAGGACGAUUUCAAGGCACAAGGUCCCGUGGAGGAGCUCAGGCGGCAGUUCGUCGACCAAGAGACGGAGAAGGUCCAGGAGGCAGAUGUGGAGGACAAGGAGCUGGCCAAGACGAGGAGGAAGGAGAAGAGGGAAAGGAGGAAGGAGCUCGAGAGGAUGGAGCGUGGCGAAGGUCCUGGGCCAGCCGGGCCUGUUGCGCAGCUGGAGGGCUCGGAGGACGGAGAGGAUCCACUUGCGCUGCUGCGGUCGUUGCCUACUGGGGAUGGCACAGACCACAGCGAGAGCGAGGCUGAGGAGCGGAGACCAACGAAGAAGCAGAAGAAGUGGUUCCAGAACGACUCGGAUGUCGAGGACGAGAAGACCACAAAGAAGAAGGCCAAGAAAGCUAAAAAGGACAACAAGAAGGUCAUCGAGAUGGCUGAGGAACCUGAGACUCUCGAGGACCUUGAGGCUCUCGCUGCAGGGCUGUUGGAGUAG